AUGGCCGACGAAGCCAUUUUCCACAAAGAACGUCACGUCAAAUACUACCUGCGAUGUCUCAAAACAUUCUUGCCAAGCCUUUAUACCUCCAAUGACUCCAACCGUAUGCUUCUCGCCUUUUUCACGGUCGCUGGGCUGGACCUCCUAGGCGUGUUGCAGGAAAAGACCUCCCCCGCAGAAAGAAAAUCGUACAUCGAAUGGGUCUACCACUGCCAGGUGCCAUCGGGUGGAUUUCGCGGGUUUACAGGGACAGAUUUUGGCUCGGAGAGACGCACGCCCGAGAACGAAAGCUGGGAUCCGGCCAAUGUCCCUGCGACGUUCUUUGCAAUCGUGGUGCUCAUCCUACUGGGGGAUGACCUCUCGAGGGUGAAACGGACAGAGUGUUUACAGUGGCUACCAAAGCUGCAACGUAAAGAUGGAAGCUUUGGAGAGGUCCUCGGCCCAGGUGGAGAAAUCGAAGGAGGACGUGAUUUAAGAUAUUGCUGCUGCGCAGCUGGUACCCGGUAUAUGCUGAGAGGGAAGAAUGGCCAGGGGGUUGAAGAGGUGAAAGAUAUAAAUGUGGGCAAGUUGGUGGAAUUUAUUGAAGCUUGUCAGACCUACGACGGUGGAAUGUCAGAGGCGCCCUUUUGCGAGUCUCACGCCGGUCUGACGUAUUGUGCCGUUGGUGCUCUAUCCUUCCUCGGUCGACUCUCAAAUGACACACAAUCGGCUAGGCUUCUCUCACCAGGCACGGAAGAAUUCGAAUCCCUGGUCAGAUGGCUCGUUUCGAGACAAACAUCCGUACUUGGUGAGGAGGAGGAAUCUGAUUCGGAAGAAAACGAUAGCUCCGAGAUACAGGAGCUACAGCAAGGCGUACAAAAACUCGGCUUCGAUGGGAAGAUUGCCACCUUGGCUGAUAUAAAGCCACCUACAGAAGAAUCUUUAUACUGGGCAGGCUUUAAUGGGCGGUGUAACAAGAUCGCUGAUACAUGCUACUCAUUUUGGGACACAGCAACGUUGGCGCUCGCCAGCUCCUACAAUGAGCUACUGCAAGAGUUUUCGUCCAAGGAUCUCCGAAGCGUAGGAAACUAUACCUUGGGAAGACUAAUUGGGAAGGGUUCCUUUGGGAAGGUCUACCUCGCCUCUCACAAGCUCACCAAUGGAUCCAAGGUCGUGCUCAAGUCGUCCAGUAAGGACGACCCCAACCUCGCCCGUGAAAUCCACCACCAUCGCCAGUUCCUCCAUCCCCACAUCGCUCGGCUCUACGAGGUUAUUGUAACAGAAAAGUUGGUGUGGCUUGCACUAGAAUACUGCCCUGGUGACGAACUUUAUAACUAUCUCCUCCGCCACGGCCCGCUGCCCGUUGAAAAGGUCAAGAGAAUUUUUACGCAGCUGGUCGGCGCUGUCGCAUAUGUUCACAGCAAGUCGUGUGUUCAUCGGGACCUCAAGUUGGAGAAUAUCCUGCUCGACAAGAAUGAAAACGUCAAACUCUGCGAUUUUGGUUUUACUCGAGAGUAUGAGGGCAAGGCGAGCUACCUACAGACAUUUUGCGGGACCAUCUGCUAUAGUGCCCCGGAAAUGCUCAAAGCUGAAAAGUAUGCUGGGGAAAAGGUUGAUGUUUGGAGUCUAGGCAUUAUUCUCUAUGCACUCCUGGCGGGGGAGCUACCAUUUGACGAGGAUGAUGAUCAAGUUACCAAGGCCAGGAUUCUCUCGGAAGAGCCCGUGUACAACGACAAAUUCCCGGAGGAUGCCAAGGGACUCAUCAAUCUACUUCUAUCGAAAAGACCGCUUAUCCGACCCAGUCUACAGGAGAUCAUGGCCCAUUCGUUCCUUGCGGAGCACGCUCCAGAACAGCUUGCGAUCUUAAAAAUCCCUCGGCCAUCGGCCUUCACCACGCCGUUAGAGAAGACCACCUUGCAACGGAUGAAAAGCGCAGGAGUCAACAUCGAUGAAGUGAUUGAAAGUGUCCUCGCCCAACGAUGUGAUCCGCUCGCCGGCUGGUGGGCGCUGUUGAUUGAAAAGGAGCAGCGAAAAGAGCAAAAAAGGGAGCGCAAGCGGAGAGAACGGGAAGCAGAAGCGAAGAACCUGCGUCGGCUGAGUGCGGCCAGUAGCCGCCUGGAAAAAAUAUCGGCUGCUUUAGUGGAGGUUGAUGAAGAGGGCCAUGCUUCGGGCACACCGGUGCAGGAUCGCGGAAGGAGGGACAGGCGAAGUUUGCCUUCCCAGCUUGUAGUACCUGAACUACCCAUUCUGCCCGAACCAGUUCCCACGCAGCCCAUCGAGGUCAGCACUCCACCACCUCCGCCAGUCGAUAAGGAUUCCAUCCGAUCUGCCAGCUCUACUAGGCGUCGUCCCUUGCCACCACCAAAGGAUGGUAAGAGGCGGCGUCAGAGCACGCUGCACGUCAGCGCUUCCCAGCCAGAGUUAAUGCAGCGCGAUGGGAUAUUCAGACGUCGCACUGGCCGUCGCCACCAAUACCCGAUUAUCAGUCAACUAGCAUCGCUGAAGCACUGGUUCGUCGAGUCUGCGAAAAGGGCCAAAUCUCCCCACGGCAAAGCUUCUGGUGGAUCAGGGACACAUCGAAAGUUUCUUCCGGACAAGCUAAGUCCUGCAAAGGGACAGGAGGCUGGAAAAAAGCCAAUGGCACCUUCUUCGCCCACUGCUGACCCCAGCAACUUGGCAACACCAACGCAGAUUAAACGUGCAUCUAAUGCCAGCAGCCUUGCUCCCAGCAGCGCUUCCUAUCCCAACCACCGCCAUUCGUUCCCUCGCCAGCCACGGCCCCUGAGUACAAGCCAUGCGGGCCACCGCAAUUCGCUAUCACCGUCACCCAUUACGCCACGGGGCUCCUACCGACGCUCUUCAGCCGGGUUGCGAGGUCGCAAGUCAACUUCCUCUUCUGUUUCUUCUAUCCGGAGCAUUCACCACACUCACACCCAUUCGAAAGCUUCCUCCAUCUCAUCAAAUAGCAUUGGAUCUGUGUCGACCCCAACCGCUCGCACUUCGAAGUCCCCACACUCGUCACUUAAGGUCUUACCGACCACUCCCGGUGCAUCAGCCCGCUUCCCUAGUAAUAUUCGCCUUGUACGAGGGCCGAACAAUGGAUACAAGGAACCAAAUGACAACAAUGGGAAGAUCCAGACAAUGUUCAAUGAGGCAGCCCCGGCACCGUUGCUCUACUCACCCUCGUCGAGCUUGGUUUUUGCUCGACGCAAGCGAUCAGCGUUCAAGGGUCCUAUGAUCCAUACGGCCAAUCUCAUGGUGUCUGGCGGAAUGGCUGCACCAGAAUUCCCAAACGGUGGAGUUAGCACGGGUGAGCCCAGCGCGGCUGCGGGGCGGCAACCACGGAAGAGCCAGAUCAUCGAGGAAGAAGAAGAUAUGGAGGACGAGGAUAUUGAGGAAGUGGACACUUUUGGAGGCCCAGAGGAUCAAGACAUCGGGGAUCCAGGCUCGCCGGUUGAAAUAGUCAAAUCUGAAGAUACUUCAAAGAUUGACAUUACUUCUGGACUGGCCCCUGCUCCUGACCUCGACACGAGCCCGCUUCGCCCUCCCCGUUCUUCAUCCCUGCGAGUUUCGAAAGAUGAGGCUGCAGCAGAAUCUGCUCAGCAGGAUACUCCUGACAAAAACAGCACUGCUCAUGCCUCCCCCAACUCGGUAGCUUCUGCCAAAUGA